AUGGCCGAGGACGUGGCUGAGACAGAUAUCCACACUGUUGCAAGAUCAAGAUCAAUCGAUCUUUUCAAAGGAUGGCCCAACCCUUCCCUCUUGCCACCGCAACAGCUUGACAAAGCCUCAUCUCACAUUCUUUCUGAUUCAAACAAGAUAGAUGUCCUGUUUUAUGCACCGGACGAAGGCUAUCAUCCUUUGCGAGAUGAAAUAGCCAAGUGGCUGAAUGCAUUCUACUGUCCAUCUCAGCCUACUCUGCCGGCCCGAAUAUGUGUCACUGGCGGUGCAAGUCAAAACCUGGCCUGCAUUCUACAGACCUUUACUGAUCCAGUCUACACUCGCAACGUCUGGAUGGUCGCUCCCACUUAUUACCUAGCCUGCAGAAUCUUCGCCGACUCUGGCUUCGACGGUCGCCUAAGGGCAGUUCCAGAAGACGGACAGGGCAUUGACAUCAACUAUCUCGAACACGCUUUACACAAGAGCGAGGAAAAAGCUCUGGCCGAAGGCAACACUUCUGUCCGCAUCAAGCUACCCAAGCCAUGGAGAAAGAUCUACAAACACGUCAUCUACGCCGUCCCUACCUUUGCCAACCCGUCCGGCCGGAUCAUGAGCCUGGAACGUCGUCGACAGCUCAUUCGACUAGCUCGAAGAUUUGAUGCCCUGGUUGUAACCGAUGACGUAUAUGAUAUGCUUCAGUGGCCGGCGACCCCAGAAGUCAAUCCCUCACGAGCGGACCAAGCCAUCCUCCCACGUCUUGUAGACAUCGAUCGAGAACUUGAUGGUGGGCCUGUCGGUUCUUUUGGGCAUGCUGUCUCAAAUGGCAGCUUCAGCAAAAUCAUCGGACCUGGCUGCCGGACUGGUUGGGCAGAGUCCACCGAAGCUUUCGCCUAUGGCCUUUCCCAGACAGGAUCCAGUCGGUCAGGUGGUGCUCCCUCACAGCUGGUGGCCUCCUUCAUCUCCGACAUGUUAGCCACCGGCACUCUACAGAAACACAUUCUUCAAGAACUACGCCCUGCGUAUGCUGGGCGCUAUUACCGAAUCAUGCGCGCCAUCAAUCAACAUCUUUUGCCUCUUGGCUUGACCAUGCCUCAGCCCGAUGACCAAGUUGCAGGGGGUUAUUUCAUUUGGCUGACAUUGCCACCUCCCCUAGAUGCCACCUCAACUUGGAAACGUGCUUUGGAAGAUGAAGAUUUGAUCAUAAUCCCGGGUCCAAAGUUCAAGGUCGAUGGAGACGAGGACAACGAAUCAACCAAGUUUGAGAGAGAUUUUCGACUGUGCUUUGCCUGGGCCAACGUGGAUUUACUGGAAGAAGGUAUUGUUCGGCUUGCUCGUGUAGUCAGGAAUGAGCUUGCCUCAGCGGGGUGA